AUGGACCCAGCAGAUGAGGUUGGUGACGUGUUUGCAAGGGUGCCGACAAAGGAGGUGAUCCACGAGCUGGUGAAAGUGCCAGAAGCUGCAGUUGGUGUUGUAAACGAGACAUUGUCGACAGCGCAAAUGGUCAAGGAAUUUCACGAGCAAAUUGUGCAGACCAAGCGAAAGCGAUACGUCCAUUUAGAGAUGAGCUCAAAUAAGGAGCUCGCUCUUUUGCAAGACCUGAAUAUUCGUGUGGUGCCGGCACGCUCGGUUCCGUUCGCUUCCGAAGACCAAACUCCAGAGUACGUGGAAGACAGCAUUGGCAACGUGCUUGCGAGAAAGCAGCUUUGCGUACUCGGUUUGGAAAAAGACAAGAAUCUCCUCAGCGCUGCUAUCCCUGGUCACGAUGUUGAUCUCGUUGGACGCACAGAUAUGCUCGCCUUGCCGGAGAUGAUUGCGCUGGAUGUUCUCGUUGAUGACCCAGUGAUGGCACUGUUGACUGACUUUACUGGGUAUUGGCAGUUCUUCUGGGUUUCCGAAAGACACGACAACCAUGCCACCAUUCAAAAAGUGAUUAUAUCUGAUUCAAGCACAGCGUUUGCAGUGAUUAAGACUCUACUUGCGCAAUCGCUGUCUGCAAAUGCAGAGAUCAGUCUUCCGUGCUUUGCAGAACCAGUGAAACGACGCAAGCUGGUGAAUGUGCUGCCAUCGAUCAGCAAAGGUGGUGAAAGUGGUAUUUGUGCUGCUAUCGAACGAUACUACGAUAUCGCAAGCGUGUUGGGUCCCGACAUUGAGAUGGCGCGUGUUUUAGCGAACCAAGUCGCUCGAUCUAUCUCUGUUUUAGCAAACUACAUUAAGUUAUUUUAG